CGAAGCGCAGCACGAGAUCUCCGAAGCGUCAAAAUAGAUUAAGGCGGCCCAGCAGCAACUUCGUGGGGCCUCAAAGAACAGUGCCUUCGAGGCGACCCUGAAGGCGAUGCUCAAGGCGGCGCGGAAGAUGCGCAGAAUCGCGAGGUGGAGAGCACUGUAAACGUUCUUCGAGAGCUAUGUACGGCAGCUCGAGAAGAAGAGCCGCGAGGGGGAUCAGGCGGGUUUCUACAGGCACCUGAAGAUGAUCGACGUCGAAGGUAAGAGGUCGUUCACCUCUCAGAACAUCAAGGACGAGGACGGCAAGGUCCUUCGGGACCCCACGUUUAUUCGCCAACGGUGGGCACGGUGGUUCCACAAGCUUCUCAACACCGAGUCGCCGACCAUCGACCUGCAUGCGGCUGACAAGGUCAAGCGGUGGCCCACGUGCGUGCCACUCGACGACAUCCCAUCUCUACUUGAGGUUGAGGAAGCGGUACGGGAAAUGGCCAACAGAAAGGCCGUCGGGCCGGACGACCUACCGGCUGAGCUGAUCAAGCUUUUCCUGGACGGAGAUCAAGGUCUCCUCCGCGAGUUCCACGCCACUGUCGUGGACGUGUGGCAGACGCGGGACAUACCACAGCAGUGGAAGGAUGCCAGCAUCAAAAUGCUGUUCAAGAAGGGGGACACGAUAGCGUGCGGCGACUACCGGGGCAUCUCUCUCGUCGCACACGCCGGCAAUGUGCAGCUCAAGGUCGUCGCUACACGACUGAGCCACUACUGCGAGCGAGAGG